AUGCUGAGUGUUAUAUUUAAAGUCCGUAUUAAAUGGUCGCCAUGUGAUCAGCAGCUAAUGUUAGGUGUAGGCGACACCAUUCUACCACGAUUCUAUUACGAUCCUCUAGAAGACAGCUGCUUGCCUUUCAACUACACCGGGAUCGGUGGCAAUGAGAAUAACUUUGCCACGAAAGCACAAUGUCAGAUAACCUGCCCAGGUUAUCGCGGUUAUUGUCCCCAUGGGAAACCCCACGUAGUGGGCGGAGUCAUGACCAAAUGCGGUAUUGAUACAUUCUGUCCUCUAAACCAUGUUUGUCACGUCAGUAAACGGGAUUCAAUCAGCAUUUGCUGCCCAGAUCCAGCUCAGUUUUGUGUGUUGGAGCAAGACACUGGACCAUGUAGUGGUAAUCAUACGAGAUACGGUUACGAUCGAACGGCUGGUGUAUGCAGAAAAUUUUCGUAG